AUGAACCUCAGCGGCAUUCCAGCUUUGAGAAGGCACUGCAUAGGACUUGUGGCGGACGCUCAGUCACGAGAAGUACUCAACUACAUCCAAAAGGAUAUCCCAGCUCUCAUUUCGGAGCUUGAUAUCUGGGUGCAAAACGGAGCUGGCACUCUGGAUGCUGAGAGAAGGCGUGCUAUACGUGAGGUUGUCAACGCUGUGGAACAUGGAAUCCAGUCUGCUCUGAACAAGAAUUCAAGCCGUAUUAGGACCAUCAGUAGCCUUGCUAACGCCACUUUUGAGUCCAAAGUGUACAAGGACCAACAUAUUGAACGUUGGGUGGAAGGUGCUGUUCAGGCUUCCCGAGUGUGGCAUGGUUGGGCCCCCAUGACCUACAAGAUGUUUUGCGGAAACUUCGGGUACCACUCGACGCCCAAGCAAGCGGUUCAAAGUUGGAACCAUCAGGCCAUGCAUACUAUGACCCUUGAUCUGAGUACGCGGUGGCGUGACUUCAAGCUUCAGCUUGAAGGAUACCAUGCGCGGGUUCUUGAUACUGUCAAUUCCGUUCAGGCUGAUGCUGUUCAGAAGAUCGACGAUGAGCUGUCUGAGUUUCCUGCAUCCAUAGCAACAGUUCUAGGGGAGGUGGUUAGUCGCCGGAUCCAGCUACUUGCUGAGGAUAUUGAACGACACUAUACAACCCUGCUUGAGGAUCUUUGGAUUCUGGAAACGAAUGCUCUCACUGGCAUUCGUACAUCCAUAUUCGGAAAAGCCAUGGAGUCGUCCUAUGACCAGGCCAAUGCCGAUAGCGGGUCGGGGAGCGACCAGAGACGGAAAGCUGUAAUUCGAGAGACCCUCAGCCGCGACAUGCUGUUCAAAGAUCACAUGACUCAGUUUCGACAAGGGUUUCGAAAACACACGUCUAAAUGGCGCGUCAGCCUGGCCGAUGCACUGGACCACCGGUUGAGUGAGUUGUCAGUGACCUUCGACAUGAUUAGACAGGAUCACGCCGCGCGAGAAGGAGAUCAAGACCCGCAGUUCCGGAAUCGCUUGGCGACCGAGCUCAGCAACUCCAAGACGGAGAUGAGAAGGAUCAAUGCUAUGGUGGGGUUCUGA